GGGGUAGAAGUGAUGGAGUUGAGGAGGGAGAGGAAGGAGAGGAAGGACAAGAUGCUCAGGGGCAGUUCACACGGGGAGAUUGAAUUGUCGCACGAGUAUUGUCGCUAAGGUGCAGAGUGAGGAGGAGAAGUACCGGCAGGAGACAAUGGAUUUAGGAGAAGCGAGAUAAUAGCGCUGGAGGUGCAAGGAGAGUCCGCUGCGCAUUAAUAAGAGACACAAGCUGAGCGCACAGAGCGCGGACACACCGGGGCGGAGCCGCAAUAUUCGGGAGAGAGGAGCAAGUUUAGGCGCAGCUGAGCAGGAGAAUCUGGAAGAGGCGCAAGUUUAGGCGCAGGAGAAUCAGGCGCAAGUGGCGGGUGAGAGAUGUUGGCCGUGUGGCUGCUGUGGGGGAGUCUGGUGAUAACUGGAGGGAACCCGAGCGCAAGAGACAUCAGCAAAGGACUGGACUGGCUGACGAGAUAUGGCUACCUUCCACCUCCAGACCCUUUUUCAGCUCGGCAGCAAACACUGGAGGGGCUUCGCGAGGCAGUCAAGACUAUGCAAAGGGUAGCAGGCUUGCCAGAAACCGGGGAACUGGAUGAUGCAACUGUGCACAUGAUGAAUAAGCCACGAUGUUCACUUCCCGAUAUCAUUAUGAGGCCUGAGCGCCGCUCUCGUCGCAAUAAGAGAUAUGCCCUGAGUGGUUCUGUGUGGGAUAAAAAGCUGCUGAGUUGGAGGUUGGAAAACUCCCCCAGUACCCUGCCCCAUGAUGUCACCCGCACCCUAGUAAGCACUGCUCUUGCAGUCUGGAGCCAAGAAACACAACUGCGAUUUAGAGAAACGCAAGACAAGCCUGACAUACAUGUAGGAUUUGUUGCUGGGUCCCAUGGAGAUGGCUAUCCCUUCGAUGGUCAAGGAGGAACUCUGGGUCAUGCUUUCUUCCCAGGUGUGGGGGAAAGGGCUGGAGAAACUCACAUGGAUGCUGAUGAAUCUUGGUCAUAUAAUACCGAGGACGGUACCGACCUCUUUGCAGUGGCAGUUCAUGAAUUCGGACACUCCCUAGGGCUGUAUCACUCAUCCAGUGAAAACUCCAUCAUGAAGCCAUAUUAUCAGGGGACUGUAGGGGACCCUAGCAAAUACCGACUGCCCCCUGAUGAUGUGGAGGGGAUCCAAAUUCUUUAUGGUCGGCCAGACUCUGGGUAUAGACCUCCUGCUGUUACACCAACCAGACGCGCCCUUCCCCCACGUGGGCCCACUCCGGGACCCCGUCUCCCAUUCCCAGAUCGCUGCUCAACCAACUUUGAUGCAAUUGCCAAUAUCCGAGGAGAAGUGUUCUUCUUUAAGAACAGGUAUUUCUGGAGAGUGCAGUCCUCAAGGCAGUUGGUCUCACUCAACCCUGCUCACCUCAACCGUUUUUGGCUGGGGCUCCCUCCAGACUUGCCUAAAUUGGACGCUGUGUAUGAGAGAACCAAUGACAGCAAAAUUGUGUUUAUUGCAGGAAACUCAUACUGGGUUUUCAAGGACACCUUGGUGGAACCAGGAUACCCUCGGCCUUUGUCCGACUUUGGACUCAAUACAGACGGCGUUGAUGCAGCUUUUGUUUGGAAGCACAACGGGAAGACCUACUUCUUCCGCAAAAAACUGUUCUGGAGGUUUGAUGAAAAGAGAGGACAGAUAGACUCGGGGUACCCGAAAGACAGCAGCUUAUGGGAAGGCGUGCCACCUGAUAUUGAUGACAUAAUAAGCUGGGAGAAUGGUGACACGUAUUUCUUCAAGGGCAUGCAGUAUUGGAAAUUCCAAGGUGGCAACGUGGCGGCAGAGCCGGGAUAUCCGCAGAGCACAGCACUGAACUGGAUGUACUGUCCUUUUGAAGGCCCCACCAUUCCUACAAAUGCCCCAGAAGGCAGGGGUCAGAGAGACUGUAGCUGCACUUGCACCGAUGGAAGGAAUUCAGCGACACAGAUUGGCAUCCUUGGGGCGGCGUGGUUGGCUUUUGCCUUUCAUUUGCUGCUGCUUCUGUGCUGACAAUUGCAAAGAAAAUUGCACGGACACACUCUACAGUGUAGCCCUGAGUGGUAGUGCCCGGUGGAGUUUACUUUAAAAAGCAGCCACACAACACGCACAGCAUGGACAACAUUAUUAAAUGAUAUCGACCAACUGCAGACAAUGAACUGAGGGGACUCUCUCUAUAUGGAGCCCAGCACAUUCUGCAGUCCCAGGCAGUGACUAAUACAAUCUCCUGGUUUUGCCUAUUCUUUUAUUGACAGAAAGGAUUCUCUCGCUGUACAGAUUACAAAAAGAAAAAAAUUAAACACAUUACAUAAGUCUCA